AUGCUGGCGAUCGCAGUAGCAUCGGUAUUCUAUUACACGGCUUUCAUGCGCGCUGCCGAUCGCAUCUCGUACAGAGGGCUGUUUCCGCCGUUUUUGACCGGGGCUAUUGGUAUUCUACUUGCCCUGGACUUGCUUGAGGUCUACUUCUCGUUCUUCACACCCGAGAACAGUGACACUCCGUUCUGGUUUGGUGCCUCGCAGCGUUCGCGCUACUUGCUCUUGAUUACAGUCACCAACGCUGUCUUGUUUUUCCUCCAUGGAGCCGCGCAGCACCGUGCAAUUUUCCUCCGCCCACACCAACCCUGCACCGAUGAGACCGAGGAAUAUGUGGAUGCUGAGUCGGACAGAGACUUUGUCGAAACGCCGUUGGCACAAACACGUGGAAAGAAUGGCUCUCCUUCCCUGGUCGAUACACCCGAGUACAGUGGUUCGUGGCUCGAUACAUUCACAUUCUCGUGGGUCAGCGACAUAUUCUACAAGGGCUCUCGUCGUCAGCUCGAUUAUGCGGAUCUUUACAAACUGGAUACGAGUGACACGGCGAUUCCAAACUGGAGCCGCUAUGCAAAGCACCGCAAACCAGGUCGGUCUCUGCUAUUGUCGCUAAUGCUGACGUUUGCCCCUCAGCUCCUCACUCAGCUGCUGCUUUCUGUGGCUGUCGCACGCAUUUUGCAGUCAAUCGAGAUUAUUGGCAAUACUACCGUGGGUGGUACUCCAGCAAAAUCGAUCCGUAGUGCAUAUCUGGAUGCAUUCGGGCUGUUCGUCUUCACAUUCCUAAAUAUGCAGCUUAUUGACCAAGCGAUGUGGAUUGGCCGUCAUAUGGAUUUCCGCAUGAAGGGUCUCUUGGUUGGCGAGCUGUCUACCAAGACCUUGAACCGUCGCGCAAAGGGAUCACUUGAGGGCGUCACGGGCGAUGACGAUGAGGAUAGCAGCGACGAUGGGUUAGAGUCGGCGCAGGAAGCAACAGAUGGCAAAAUAAUGAAUCUGCUCACCACAGAUCUCAACCGUGUCACCAAGAUCGUCGCCUACCUGGAUGACCUGUACACGCUGCCUCUGUCAACAGUCAUUGGUGUCAUUUACAUGUUCAAGCUGCUGGGAUGGUCAUCGCUCAUCGGAUUCUCGAUCGUGAUUCCGUACUACCCACUGACAAGGAAACUAUUCAGCUAUCUGUCGGAUCUUGAGGAGAAAACUUUGGAGCUGAGCGACGAGCGUGUGGAAGCGAUUACAGAGCUUCUGCAAGGAAUUAAGGCUGUCAAGCUCUAUGGCUGGGAGUCCCAGUUCCUCAAAAAGAUCGAUGCGCAUCCACGAAAAGCAGCUGGGAUUCAACGUGGAGAUGGCUACUCGGCUGGGCCUAUGCAUCCAUCGUCACGUCUCUGUCACCGAUGAUCGUCAUGGUACUGAUACUUGCGUCAUAUACCGGCAUAUUCGGACAUCAGAUCAAUGCCUGAGGUUGCAUUUACAACGAUU